GGAGCGCGUGGUCCAGACGGACCAGCUGGACCAGCUGGACCUCGUGGUUCAGCGGGACAAGAUGGAGCGUACUGCCCUUGUCCGCCAAGAACUAUAAAAACGCCAAGGAUGAUCGAUUUUUACGACGAUAUUGUAGAGUUGGAUAAUAUCGAAGGUAGCUGA